ACUUUACUGGAGCCCAAAAACAAGGUCAAUUUCACCAUCUCAGUCCUAUCAGAUUUUUAUGCAGGACACUAUUGGUGUUAGUAUCUGAGCCCUGAUGGCUGGUCAGAGCACAGUAACCCAGUGGAGCUCAUGGUAACAGAGUGAAGCUCCAUGUGACAGACACAGUUGAAUGCUCAGUGUGCCUGCUACUUGGCACCCACCCAGCAAUAUCAAUCUGCAUCAUCCCCAAAUUUUUAUGGCUACAAGAUAACUGAUCCAUGUAAGGAAACCCCACGGCUGUGGAUGGAUGUGCUGAAAGAGUGGAAGGAGCCAGCAAAGGAAGGGCUGAAUCUGGGCCAAGAGACCUCGGGGUUGGAAGGGAAUCCCCACAAGCCAACCCUCAGUGUUCAGCCAGGAUCAUUGGUUGCCAGAGGGAAGCAGGUGACCAUCUUAUGUGAAGUGACGACAGGGGCCCAGGAAUACCGUCUUUUUAAAGAGGGGGGUCCACAUCCUUGGCGCACAAAGAACACUCCAAAGGCCACAAACAAGGCUCAGUUCUUGAUCUCAUCAAUUGAACAACAACAUGGAGGGAUAUACCGCUGUUACUAUAAGACCCCUUCAGGGUGGUCAGAGCACAGUGAUCCUCUAGAGCUUGUAGUGACAGGACUCUAUAGUAAACCCAGCCUAUCCAUCCAGUCCAGCACUGUGGUGACCUCAGGGGAGACUGUGACACUUCAGUGUGUCUCACAACUGGGAUUUAACAGGUUUGUUCUGACUAAGGAAGGAGAACAGAAGCCGUCCUUGAUCCGGGACUCAGAGUUUAUAAACUCUACUGGGCAAUUCCAGGGCCUGUUUCCUAUGGGCCCUGUGAUCCUCAGCCAGAGGUGGAUGUUCAGAUGUUAUGGCUAUUAUGUCAACAGCCCCCAAGUGUGGUCAGAACCCAGCGAUCUCUUGGAAAUACAUGUGUCAGAAGCAGCUCAGCCCCUCGGGCUAUCACCAAACAUAUCACACCCCAAGACAGUCUCACAGCACCAGGAUUACACGAUGGAGAAUCUCAUCAGGAUGGGGGUGUCAGUCUUCAUUCUUGUGAUUCUUGGCAUUCUGCUGUUUGAAGCUCAGCAUAGCCAAAGACGGACACAACAUGCAGCAGGAAGAGAAAGCAGUACAUUUUUCAUGGUGGCAGAGACCUGGGGAUAAGUCCAAGGAUCUCAGGUGGUUCUGUAAGAAAAAUCUGGGACUAUAGUAGGGAACCAUUUUCAGAGAACAUACAAGGGAGGAAAAGUGGUUUGAGUGUAGGGAAGCACCUGGGUAGUCUGGUGGAAAGGUCUUCUAUAGCCAAUCAUUUGGCUAUCUCUUCACCUUGAUGUGUAUGUUAGCUGACAGUCUUCUCUCUCUUUCCACCUCCAAUAAAGAAGAAGGAACAGUCUUGUUUCAUCAGUCAGGUUUGGGUCCUAAUUUUGUGUAUCUUCUGCCUUCCCUCUUUUCCUUUAUUAUAUGCUACCACAUUCCCCACUUGCCUCAUGAGCCUUCUUCAUCUCUACUUAAAACAAGGAAGCUAGCUUAAAUAGUAAAAAUAAUGCUCAAAAAUCAGUUUUCUAAAUGCAAAACAAGAUCCUAGUGUAAAGGAUGACACAGCAUUGUCUCUUGGACCCUCAGUUUUUUAUUUAUUUAUUUUUUUAUUAACUUGAGUAUUUCUUAUUUACAUUUCUAAUGUUAUUCCCUUUCCCGGUUUCCGGGCCAACAUUCCCCUAACCCCUCCCCCCUCCCCUUCUAUAUGGUUGUUCUCCUCUCCAUCCUCCCCCCAUUACCGCCCUCCCCCAAACAAUCACGUUCACUGGAACCCUCAGUUUUUAACACACGUUUUUUAAUGUAGUUUUCUUGAAAUAGAAGACUUGCAAUCAACAUACUUGCAUUUGAAGGAACUCUUUGGUAGGGUUACUGCUGACAUGGCUUUUAAUACAGAGGCAGAUGCUCCUAGCCAACCAUUGGACUGAGAACAGGAUCCCCAGUGGAGGAGUUAGAGAAAGGACUGAGGUAACUGAGGGGGUUGGCAACCCCAUAGGAAAAACAACAGUAUCAACCAACUAGACUCCCCAGAUCUUCCUGGAACUAAACCACCAACCAAAGUGUACACAUGGAGGGACCCAUGGCACUAGCUGUAUAUGUAGUAGAGGAUGGCUUUGUAGGGCAUCAGUGGGAGGAGAGUCCCUUGGCCCUGUGAAGGCUUGAUGCCCCAGUGUAGGAGAAUGACAGGACAGGGAGGCAGGGGGUACUGGGUGGAUAGGGGAGCACCCUUAUGAGGUAGGAGGUGGGGGUGGGAUGGAAGGUUUCUAGUGGGGAAACUUCGAAAGGGGAUAACAUUUGAAAUGCAAAUAAAGAAAAUAUCCAAUAAAAGAAAAGAAAAAAGAGGAAAAGAAGAGGUUAUGAAUUUUGGAAGGAGUAUGAGGAGGCAUGGGAAGAAUUGGAGAAAAAAAGGGAGAGUUAGAAAUGAUGUAAAUACAGCACUUAUAUAGUAAAUUCAGAAAAAUAUUAAUCUUUCCCAUACAUUCUGGUGUGGUUGGCUAUCCUUAAUUACAGUACAUAAUCACAUCACAAGCAACUCCAUCACCCAAGUAGAAUGCCAUUUAUGAGGAGUUUAGAAUUGAAGUAUAUUUUUAAAUUGAAAAUUUCAGUGUUUAUUGCAUGUAUUUAUAAAAGCAGCUGGCAUGUAAAUGAAUCAAUAAUCUUGAACCAUUUUGCUGUAAAUUUUGAUUAGUUCAAUGAAGACAGUUUUGAGUGAUUACUUUUUUAUGUUAUCCUCAAUGCCACUUACAAUUCUUCCUAAUGUGAGAGAAUUUAAUUUACCUACUGGCCUUACUGCAAUCGUUAGGGUUUUACAUAGAAACCUGAACAUUCUAUAGAAAGAAGGGAUAUUGUUGUCUUCUUCCUGAUUUAAAAUUUGACUUAUGUUAUAUAAUGUUAAAUUCAGUAUAUUUAUUAUCUUAUUCAGAUGGAAAAUUUAUCUGUUUCCAGUUCUCUUUAAUUGUGCAUAGUGUGCUCACAAAACAGGGGCCUAUCAUGACUGCCCUCGAAAGACCCACCAAGCAGAGCAGCUGAAAGAGUCAGAUGCAGAUGUUUACACCCAAUCAAUGGACAGAAGCUGCUGAUCCCUGUGGUUGAAUUAGGGAAAAGCUGCAAGAAGCUGAGGAGGAGGGCAAACCUGUAGAAGGACCAGCAGUCUCAACUAAACUAGACCCCGAGAUCUCUCAGAUACUGAACCACCAAACAGGUAGCACACACAAGCUAAUAUAAUGUCCCCAUCACAUAUACACAGAGGACUGCAGGGCCUGAACUCAGUCAAAGAAGAUGCACCUAACCCUCAAGAGAUUGGUGGCCCUAGGGAGUGGAGAGGUCAGGUUGGGUGAGAGGAGAGGGUUUGGGAGGGUGGGGACAUCCUCUUGGAGGCAGGGUGGGCAGAGGAGUUAUGGGAUGUGGAACAGUCAGAGGGUAGACCAGGACAGGGAUAAAAAUCUGGACUGUAAAAAAAGAUUAAAUAAAAUUAUAAAAAAGAAAGUGACAAAUACUAUUUAUCUACACAAAUGCCUUCAUUAUGUAUGCUUUUGUUUUCCCUUGUUGAUAUUAAUUAAUAGAUGAUAUUAAUUACUUCAUCAAUGACUCAGACUUACAAGUAUGUAUAAAUGCCUUGUUCAUGGUCUAUACAUUGGAUCAAAUUUGAUAAUAUAUCUUUGCAUUACUAACAAUAAAAUAUAUUCUCAUA